GACAUUGAUGGAAAUAUCCUAUGAUAGACUUAUGAGCUUAUCAGCUCAACUUUUGUGAUGAUUCGGGCGUCAGGCCGCAACUCACCCCUUAAUUCCGUGGGCUGAAAGUGAAAAGAUUUUGUGGGAGGAAUACGUUCAGGCGGCGUCGUGAGAGAAGAGACAAUUUUCGCUAAAUGCGCAUCGAUGACGCAGUGCAAGUGCAACGAAUCCAAAUCAUCCCCUAACGCGAAGCUCACCGGGAAAUGUGAGUGAAUGAGUGUGGCAAUGCAAUCAAAUUUCUCUGCAAAUGACACCACUUCGGUGGAGAAUAGCACCGUGACUGUGAUAUUUUACACGCCAAUUGCCAAUGAAAGUGCGACGACGAAUGACACAUCGGCGGUGGCUUUGCCGACGCCGUCUUGGCUUGCGGCAGGUCGCGUUCAGAUUCCUCUGUAUGCCGUGAUCUUCCUGCUCGCCGUGAUAGGCAACUCGCUAGUCAUCCUCACUCUGGUGCAGAACAAGCGCAUGAGAACCAUCACGAAUGUGUUCCUGCUCAACCUGGCAGUUUCCGACCUCUUGCUCGGCGUUCUCUGCAUGCCAUUCACGCUGGUAGGCACACUUCUGCGGGAUUUCGUCUUCGGCGAGCUCAUGUGCAAAUUCCUGCCAUUCCUCCAAGCCGCAACGGUAGCCGUAUCCGGCUGGACUCUGGUCGUAAUAUCUGUUGAGAGAUAUUACGCCAUUUGUCACCCCCUGCGAUCGAGACGCUGGCAGACACUCAGUCAUUCGUACAAAUUGAUUGCUGCUAUUUGGUGUGGAAGUCUCGUGUUCAUGUCACCUAUUGCAUUCUUCAGUCGCCUGAUACCCAUAAGUCAAGGUCAUCACAAAUGCCGGGAGCACUGGCCAGACGAUGCGAAAGAGUACGAACGAAUGUAUAAUUUAUUCCUAGAUGUAUUUCUCUUCGUGCUUCCAUUACUUGUGCUCGGCAUCACAUACUCCCUGAUAACUCGGACAUUGUGGCAGGGAAUGCGAACUGAGAGGAAUCUCAAGAAUAAUCAAAAUUCUGAGAAUCAAUCCAACUUAAUAAACUUAUUUUUAUGCAGGUCAAAUGCAGAAAAGAGUCUUCUCAACAAGAAACGCGUGAUUCAAAUGCUUUUUGUGGUAGUGCUGGAGUUUUUUAUUUGCUGGACGCCACUUUACGUGAUCAACACGAUGGUACUCUUUGAGCCAGGUAUCGUGUACGCCAAUCUCUCAUCAACGGGGAUUAGUUUCUUCCAACUGCUGGCCUACACGUCUAGCUGUUGCAAUCCCAUAACCUAUUGUUUCAUGAAUCGUGGCUUCCGCAAGGCCUUCCUCAACCUCUUCCGCUGCUUCAAGCGAUUGCGGGAGCCGCGGCGGAUCAGCCUGGGCGGCGGAGGAAUGGGCUUGGGCGGCGGUCUAGGUGGUGCUGAUCAGCGCAGCGAGGCGGAAACAACGAAACUCCACAUUAACCAUCGACUCUGCACAGACAGCUCCUACUAA